AUGGCUCUCCGCCUCCUCUUCACCGGCUUCCUCGCGCUGCUGUGCGCCCAGCUGGCUGAGCUUGCUGGCGUCUUUGAGCUUCAAGUGCACUCCUUCACCACCAGCAGCCUGUGGAGCUUCUGCCACGGCGGCCAGCCCUGCCGCCUCUUCUUCCGCGUCUGCCUGAAGCACGCCCAGGCCGUGGUUUCUCCAGAGCCCCCCUGCACCUUUGGGGCAGCCUUGAGCGACAUCGUCCCUGCUGACCGCAACGCCGUGGCCACCAGCGGGCCCAUCCGGGUCCCUUUCCACUUCAAGUGGCCGGGCACCUUUUCCCUCAUUAUUGAAUCUUGGAGGGCAGAAUCAGGAGAGCCAUCGACAGAGGAUGCCCAGAGGUUGAUCAGUCGCUUGGCUACGCGCCGCCGCUUGGCCGUGGGCGAGGAUUGGUCGCAAGAUGUCCAGCUGGGAGACCAGAGCGAGCUGCGCUACUCCUACCACGUCACCUGCGACGAGCACUACUAUGGGGAAAGCUGCUCAGAGUACUGCCGGCCACGGGACGAUACCUUUGGGCACUACACCUGUAACGAACUGGGCAGCCGAAUCUGCCUGGCAGGGUGGCGGGGCGAAUACUGCUCUGAGCCAAUUUGCCUGCCUGGCUGCAGCAACAGCCAUGGGUACUGCGAGAAGCCUGGAGAGUGCAAGUGUCGCAUUGGUUGGCAAGGGCACCUGUGCGACGAGUGCGUCCGCUACCCAGGCUGCCUCCACGGCACUUGCGUGCAGCCGUGGCAGUGCACCUGCCAAGAAGGCUGGGGCGGUCUCUUCUGCAACCAAGACCUCAACUACUGCACCAACCACAGCCCGUGCAAGAAUGGCGCCACCUGCAGCAACACAGGCCCAGGGAGCUACACCUGCAGCUGCCGGGCUGGUUUCGCGGGGACGAAAUGCGAGAUGGAGACCAACGAAUGCGACAGCAACCCUUGCAAGAACGGAGGCAGCUGCAACGACUUGGAGAAUGACUACAAAUGCACCUGUCCUCAAGGUUUUUACGGCAAGAACUGCGAAGUCAGUGCUAUGACCUGCGCCGAUGGGCCUUGUUUCAACGGCGGGACCUGCGUGGAGAAACGGAUCGGCGGCUACACUUGCCACUGCCCAAUGAAUUACCACGGUUCCAAUUGUGAGAAGAGGAUAGACCGGUGCAGUAACAACCCGUGUUUGAACAGUAAGUGUUCCUUUCCUCUCUGCAGUGUUUCAUCGUGCUAA